UAAUACGACCUCCACAAGACAUGAAGGCACAGGCAGUGGUGUCCUUCUUCUUCAUUCUUACACCAUCUCUAUGUGGAUCUCAGGCUUCCUUCAGUUAUGCUAGCAGUACUAGAAGCGAACAAAUAGUCAUUGGAAGACUUGAUGAAGACGUAAUUCUCCCUUGCUUAUUUGAGAGUGGGCUCAACGUUGUAAUUCACUGGAAGAAUCAAGAUAACUAUGUUUACUCAUACUACAAAGACAGUGACCAGUUGGAAAAGCAAAAUCUCAGAUACGUAAACAGGACAUCCCUCUUCCAUGGUGAAAUUCACAAAGGGAAUGCCUCCCUAUCUUUCCAAAGAUUAAGCCUUCAGGAUGAAGGAAUUUACAUAUGCUAUGUGGGAACAUCAUCUGGAAAAAUCACAAACAAAGUUGUACUAAAAGUGGGAGCUUUUGCCACACCUGUGAUGAAGUAUGAAAAGAAGAACACAAACAGCUUCUUAAUAUGCAGUGUGUUAAGUGUUUAUCCCCAUCCAAUUAUCACAUGGGAAGUGGAUAAUGCACCUAUCUCCGAAGGCAGUGAGGAAGAAAUUGAGUCUUUGGAUCCUUUUCAUAUUAACAGUAGAGUAAAGAUUACUGGGUCAAAUUCAUCUUAUCAGUGUGAUAUUGAAAAUACACUACUGAAGCAAACAUGGACAGGGAGAUGGACAAUGAAAGAUGGCCUUUGUAAAACACACAGUGAGAACGUUUUACUCUCAUGUGAACCUGCAAACAGUUCUUUCCUACCAAGUCAAGACUUCACAGUCACUUGGUCCAGAGUGGAAAGUGGGACUUCCUCCGUCCUGGCUUACUUUCUGAACUCCUCGCAAAAAACAGUUAUCAAUGAACCCCGACUUUCACGGAACAAACUGCUAAUAAACCAGCAUGACUUCUCUUUGACUUUGAAGGAUCUUAGUCCUUCAGACAGUGGGGAGUACUUAUGCAAUAUUUCUUCAAGCAGAUAUACUUUACUCACCGUCCAAACACUGCAUGUAGGUAAGUUACAAGGAAGGCUGGAUGACAGGUUUCAGGCAUAG